UAAAAAUAAACACUAGAUAGACGGAGCAAGGUGGUUUCCGGCGAAGUGAAAAAGAUGAACGGCGGAAGGAGGGGGAAGAAAACCCUAAAUUCGAACGAUGAAGUGGAGAUGCUUCUACGAGCAACAGAGGAUGAAUUACUUCUAAAUCUAAGUGUAGAUUCUCACAUGUCCAAUGUUUCUCCUUCCUAUCUCGAUUCAGAUCUCGAUCGCCGCUUUCAAACCCUAAAAUCCUCCCCCGCCAAAAGAUCUCCGGCGCCGGCCACGGUCUCAAAGGCACAAACUUCACAGCCGCUUCCGACAACUGCUACGGGUACUGAUAAUAAGAAGAGAGACGAUAGUAGUAUCACCUACGACGAUCUCCUUUCAAGAUUCGCAAAUCUGAAGGGAUCUGCCCCUGUUCCUGCUUCUGUAUCAUCGUCGGCUGAUUUGAAUUGUAAAACCAACGGAAGUGAUGAGGAUGAAGUUGAGAAGGUGAUUCAGUGGGCGAUUGAUGCUGCUCGACUUGAUCCUUCUCCUCCUUCGGAUUCUGAGGAUGAAGAUGACAAUGAGGAAAUUGUUACCGACGAGGAGGAUACAGAUGAAGAUGAUAUUAAAAAGAAAAAGAUAAACAGUAAGGGAAAAAAGAAAAUCCAAAGAUGAUAAGAUUGAUCAUUGAUUACCUCCCACCAUUUCCUGGUAAGAUGUUCUUAAGUAAUUUUCAUUGGGGCUGUGUAGUAUAUAUUAUUAAUAUUGGUGUGUUCUUGAGAUUCAUGCAUUAUGAUCAAUGUUGGAAAGCUGGGUAUACUUAUUUAUACUGUGAAUUGAAAAAUAUGGUUGAAAUGAAUCAUCAAUCUCUCUUUUCUU